GGCUUUCCACUCAACGACAGAGUUAAAAUGCAACUGUCAAGUUUAACAAGGUAACUAAUAAUAGAUAUGAAGUAGUCAGGCUCAGGGUCGAGAUAACCUUUAAACGCGCACCGACAGCCGUGUUGACGUUUUUACGCGCUCGCGUUGCGCGUGCACCCAAGACGCAACAGGCGGACCACAGUUUGCGCGAGUGAGCAGUCCGGUUUAGUUCACAUGUAAAUUCUAAGAAGGACAGCCUUUGGAAAAGGCGUCACGAAGUGAUUUUUUAAUCAUACAUUUUUAGUUGAUUGUCUUUCACCAAGCGGAGAGGACAUAUUCCCAAGCCUUUUGCAUUUUUUUCAGUUGAUUGGCAAAUUAGCAUAAAUGCGGUUCGUGUAGAUGGAAAAUUAGACUCGCAAACGUCUACGUGAAACUCCUCUACGUAAGUUUACGUAUGUAGCUUCUUCCUAAUUAUAACCCGAGCUUGCGGUCAGUAACUGUAUCUGGAGGGUCAAAGGCUCGCGCAAUGAGGACUCAGCCCUGCACCUCGACUGGCCUCUGACAACUUCACUACAUCCACAGGAGUCGCGGAACAUAUAGGUUUUUCAACCCACUAAGGUUCCUAAAGCAAUGCCUGUUCCUCCUCCUCCUCCACCUCCCCCAGCACCACCUCCCCCACCUCCACCUGCCACAGCUCCUGCACAAUCACGAACAGAUCCUCCAAAACUCCAGCAUUCUGAGGGUGGAGGACGCAGUGCGCUUCUGUCUGACAUUCAGAAGGGGACAAGACUGAAAAAGGUCGCACAGGUCAAUGACCGAAGUGCACCAGUUUUUGACAAACCUAAAGUGAAUAAUGUGGAUGACAGUGGAAGAAGUACAGGGAACUCCUCAAACACAGCGGGAUCUGCUCCACCUGCAGUGACCCCAAGUCUUGGUGGACUGUUUGCUAAAGGAUUUCCUGUUCUUAAACCAGUUGGACAAAGAGACAAACGAACUCAUCACAAUCCAGUGUCUCGUUCCGGUUCUACUGCAAGCCUGAAGCAACCUCUCUGGAACCCUCCAUCACAAGGAGAUGGUUUUAGAGGAAGCGCCCCUGAUCUCUCUCCCUCGCACAGACCUUUAGAGAGAACCUCUUCACAGUCCAAGGCUCGUCCUGUUUCCUCAUACACACCUCCAACCUCCCCCAGCCAAACUACACAUCCUACUUUCAAACUGUCCUCUACCCCUCCUUCCUCUGCCCCACCCCCUCCUCCACCACCUCACCAGGAACGUCCUAUUAACAAACCACCUCCUCUCCCCACUUGCCCACCACCACCCCCGCCUCCUCAAAUGGCCAAACCCACUUGGUUACCCGUCCAAUCACACUCCAUCCCCAUGCCUACAACCCCACCUCCUCCACUGCCACCCUCAGUUCCUCCAUCCUCUCUUCCUGACAGAUCAUCUGGGGUUUCCUACCCACCGCCUCCUCCACCACCUCCAUCGGUUCCUCCAUCAUCACUCCCUGACAGGUUAUCUGGGUUUUUUUACCCUCCGCCUCCUCCACCAUUGUCAUCACACUCUAACCGCUCAUCUGGAGUCUUCUAUCCAUUGCCUCCAUCUCCGGGGUCAUUUGAAAUGAAGGAUAGUCCAUUAGGACCUCCUCCCCCACCUCCACCUCUUCCUGCUUCAUUUGCGUGCAGUCACUCCUCCUCAGCACCUCCUCCACUACCCCAGAAAGCUCCUCCUUUGCCUUCACCAACAUACAGGCCCAGCGUACCACCUUUACCACCGUCCUACCCCUGUAAUGCCCCCAGCAGACGCCCCCCUGCAGUGCCACGUUUUGCAGGUGCUCCACGGAUGGCUCCACCCCCUGCUCCACCAGCCCGCUCUCCUAACACUGAGCUAUCCAGCAGGAUCCCACCUCCUCCGCCCCUUCCAGUAUCUGCUGCACCUGGAUCAGUGCGCAAUGGACACCUGCACAGUUUAGAUGACUUUGAAUCAAAGUUUCACUUCCAUCCAAUAGAGGACUUUCCCCCUCCCGAAGAGUUCAGGCCCUUCCCACGUAUCUACCCCAGCAAGGAGAACAGAGUAAACCCACAUCCUCCUGCCAUGAUGACUCAUUUAAGAUAAAAUGGGACAAUAUGGAUAUAAAGUACGGUGCUAACCUUUAUCAGGAUGUUUAUUUAAGUCAUCAUCAGUGAAGAACAGCAGCCAAAUCUGUUGGUGAAAUGAACUCUCGUUCAACAAAAUCUGUAAAAACAUUCUGCAAAAAAAACAACAACAACAACAACAACAAAGACAUCUUCUUGUUGACAUUACACUUUCAAAUAAAAGCCAUGUUUGUUUGUAAAAGGGAAGAAGUUUGACCAGUAAGAGUGAAACAGGGUUUUCAAGGUAAAUGGUUAAAACAGAUAAAAAUAUAUACCCUUUUGAGGGAUGUAAACAAUAACAAUGGACCUAACACAUUUCCCUUUUUACAUAUUUAAUUACCAUAGCUCCCGAGAAUCCUAAAAGGUACACACACUGAUAAAUAUGAAAGCUAUUUUAACCUAGAUAUAUGAUUGAAUUGUCUCAUGUUAGUUAUUUAAAAAAUUGACAACAAGCAGGAAGUGUUCAUGGGCCAAUGUCAUCACCACAUCGAAAUGACAUUGUAUAAACUAAAACUGUUUUUUAGGCAAUAUUGUCUGUUUUUUGCUUCCUGUGGCUGCUUUAGUCUUUUUGUUACAGAGUCUCUUUGUCUAAAAAAUCAAAUCAACACCUAAUAACAUACCUGUUUCUGCUCAAUCAACAUUUAAUUGCUUCAUCUCUCUGUAUUUAAAAUCUGUGCCAGUAUGAAUUGCUGUAUUAAAGCUCUGAAUCAGGAGAAAAAUACUCAAGCGAGACUAUGGGUAACAGUGCCACCCACUGGACAUGCUUGCAAUUUAUUGCUCUGACUGAAUCUGAAUACAUUAUAUAACCCAAUAAACAACAUGUACAAGA